CCACCCUGCACACAAAAGCAGCAUAAUUAACUGUCUUAAGGCAGCCGAGCCUCCGCCAGCUGCGAGCUGGCCGGAAGAAAACACCUCGGAGGCACGGCCGGGCGCCGGGGCCGGUGCGGGGGCGCGCUCGCAGCGGGGCGAGGGGCAGCCGGCUGACUGCGAACUGCGUCCGUUCCCCACCUCCGGACAAAAGCGCCCCCCCGUCUGCGCCGCCACGUUGCUCCGGGUGACCUUCCUUGCGUGCAGAGUCCGCCGCUGCGCGCACCUUCCUCGGAUGCUCUGAAGGCCCAGGGACCGCACUCGGAAGGCGAGGGAUGUCCGGCUGCGUCGGCGCGGGGCUCGCCUUUGUCUGCGCGUAACCCGCAGAGGCCGCGGAGGACUCAGCUCUGCUUCAAGCCAGCGCGCCUCUCCUCUGUUCCCAUGGGGACCACUGAAGCUACGCUCCGGAUGGAAAAUGUGGACGUGAAGGAAGAAUGGCAGGACGAAGGCCUUCCCAGGCCACUCCCGGAAGAGACAGGGAUGGACCCGCUUGGCAGCCCCACGGAAGACACGUCCUCCCCUCCCAACACAUUGAACUUCAACGGAGCUCAUCGUAAGCGGAAGACACUGGUCGCCCCCGAGAUCAACAUUUCGCUGGAUCAGAGCGAGGGCUCCCUGCUGUCCGACGACUUCCUGGACACCCCUGAUGACCUCGAUAUCAACGUGGACGACAUCGAGACCCCGGACGAGACCGACUCGCUGGAGUUUCUGGGAAAUGGCAAUGAGCUGGAGUGGGAAGAUGACACCCCAGUGGCCGCCGCGAAGAACAUGCCCGGUGACAGUGCAGAUCUGUUCGGGGACGGCGCAGUGGAGGACGGCGGUGCCACCAACGGGCGCCUCUGGCGGACGGUGAUCAUCGGAGAACAAGAACACCGGAUUGACCUGCACAUGAUCCGACCCUACAUGAGGGUAGUGACCCACGGAGGGUACUACGGCGAGGGUCUCAACGCCAUCAUCGUGUUCGCUGCCUGCUUCCUCCCGGACAGCAGCUCCCCCGACUACCACUACAUCAUGGAGAACCUCUUCCUGUACGUCAUCAGCAGUCUGGAGCUGCUGGUGGCCGAGGACUACAUGAUCGUCUACCUGAACGGCGCCACCCCCCGGCGGAGGAUGCCUGGCAUCGGCUGGCUGAAGAAGUGUUACCAGAUGAUCGACAGGAGGUUGCGGAAGAACCUCAAGUCGCUGAUCAUUGUGCACCCGUCCUGGUUCAUCCGCACGGUGCUGGCGGUGUCCCGGCCUUUCAUCAGCGUCAAAUUCAUCAACAAGAUCCAGUACGUGCACAGCUUGGAAGAUCUGGAACAGCUCAUCCCCAUGGAACACGUGCAGAUCCCCGAGUGCGUGCUACAGUACGAAGAGGAAAGGCUCAAGGCCAGGAGAGAGAGCGCCAGGCUGCAGCCGGAGUUCGUCCUGCCCAGGUCUGAGGACAAGCCGGAGGCGGUGCUGGCGGAGGACAGGCCUGCUCCGGCCACAGAUCAGGAAACGAGCAUGUCCUGAGGUGACAAGACUACAGAGAAGGACAAGACAGAAGAUUCCAGAUGGCAAGAAACCUCUGUCAGACGCCCUCUGGUCCUGGACCUCCUCCCCGCCUUGUCCUGACGCCCCUGUCUUUGGAGGGGCCCAGUCCCCGCCAUCCAUCUCUGAAACCCAGCAUCCUUUUGAGCUGCUUGAAAACGUUUUUGUUUCGUUUUGUUUUCAAACAACGCGGUAUGUUCCAGAAAAGGACCUGGUUCUCAGCCCUCCACACUCACGAGCUCGCGGCCGAGAAGAGGAAGACUGCCCAGGGCGUGGCCCGUGUGCCCUCGACGGCUUCAGAGACCCCCUCCUCGCCCUCACCACCACCAUCACUGCAUAAAGUCUUGGCUCAAGACCCUUCUCUGGUUUGUCACCUGGCCCACCCCGGAGCCACGGAUGCCCGCCAGCUCCUUGGCCGGAUCUGGACUCGUUCUUGUGCCUUUUCUCCUAGAACACCCCCUGCGGCCCUGGGCACGUGGCCCGGAAGCUCAGCACCCCCAGCAGCGCUGUGCCCCGGGGACCUCCCGUCCCGGCACCUCAUGGCUUUACAUUUGACCAGCUCCCCUCGCCUUCAUCUCCCAACCUUCUUUGGGAUUAAUGGAGUCCACAAUGGCACACGCGAGCUGCUGAGAAUCACCCCCGCCCCGCAGUUGCAAACCCGCCCCCCCUUCUAGAACAUUCUCAAGCCCCUUUAACGGACGCCACACCACAGGGCAAUCCUGAUCAAUACCUCCUACUGAGGGAAUGAAGUGUCCCCGCUUUCCUGACCCCCCCCCCUCCAACACAGGGUUGGGAUGAGCCCCUCAGGUUCCCGCCAUGGGAAACCGGCUCUGAACCGUGAUACAGGAAGAUACAGGUUUAUUGCAGGUUUUGAGUGUUUCGAAGUUCACUUGGGAAAAUAAAUCCCAGUGGCCUGGAUGCUUAUGGAGACCUGCGGUCAAAGGAGGUAAAUUU